AUUACAUUACUCAUACCAUUUGUUCGAGGCAGCAUGGAACUUGAUUUUGGACUUGUCGUCUCCUCGUUUCUCUUGGGACUCACUCUUCUUCUCUUGUUCUUAUCCUCCCGCAGAGCCCACACCACCACCCACCCUCCCUCCUCCGCCGUCAUCCCUAAAGCUUAUCCUCUCAUUGGCUCCGUUUUCUCCGUCGCCUCCAACAAACACCGCCGUGUCCUCUGGAUCGCCGACAUCCUCCGCCACACUCCCUCCUCCACCUUCACCCUCCACCGCUCUUUUGGCUCCCGCCAGGUUUUCACCGCCAAUCCCGCCGUCGUCCAACAUAUUCUCAAGACCCACUUCCCCAUCUACCACAAAGGCCAUAAUCUCCACCGAGCGCUCGGCGAUUUCCUUGGGAAUGGUAUCUUCAACGCCAAUGGUGACAACUGGAAGUUCCAGAGACAGCUCUCCAGUCACGAGUUCAACACCAGAUCUCUGCGUAAAUUCGUCGAGACCGUCGUCGACGCCGAGCUCUCUGACCGCCUCAUCCCCAUUCUCUCUUCUGCCGCAGCCGGCGACCCCGUUGUUCUUGAUUUGCAAGAUAUCCUCCAACGAUUUACAUUCGACAACAUUUGCAGGAUAGCGUUCGGCUUCGACCCUGCGUACUUGCUGCCCUCUCUUCCAGAAACCAAGUUCGCCAGGGCUUUCGAAGAGGGUACUAAGCUCAGCAGCGAAAGGUUCAACGCUGCGAUUCCUCUAGUCUGGAAGAUCAAGAAGCUCCUCGACAUUGGGUCAGAGAAGCGACUCCGAAUCGCUAUCUCGGAAGUGCGCGACUUGGCCACAAGAAUCGUCAGAGAGAAGAAGCAAGAACUUCGAGAGAAGGCCUCGCUGGAUUCAGUGGACCUGCUGUCGCGGUUCUUGAAUUCCGGCAUCUCAGACGAAGAUUUCGUAACGGACAUAGUGAUAAGCUUCAUAUUAGCGGGUCGGGACACAACGUCGGCGGCCCUGACGUGGUUUUUCUGGCUGCUGCGGAAGCACCCAAACGUGGAGAAGGAGAUUAUAAAGGAGAUCAAACAAAAAUCAGACGCCCACGUCUACGACGAAGUGAAAGACAUGGUUUACACGCACGCCGCGCUGUGUGAGAGCAUGAGGCUGUACCCGCCGGUGCCCGUGGACACAAAAGAAGCGGCGAUAGACGACGUGUUGCCGGACGGGACAUUUGUGAAGAAAGGGACGAGAGUGGCGUAUCACGUGUAUGCAAUGGGAAGGUCCGAAAAGCUCUGGGGCUCUGACUGGGCGGAAUUCCGACCGGAGAGGUGGCUGAAGGUGGUGGAGGGGCCGGAUGCGGAAGGCACGAAGUGGAAAUUUGUGUCGACGGAUCCGUUUACGUACCCAGUAUUCCAGGCGGGGCCCCGAGUGUGUCUGGGUAAAGAGAUGGCGUUCUUACAGAUGAAGAGAAUAGUGGGCGGAGUUCUGAGGAGGUUCAGGGUGGUGCCGGCCGCGGCGGAAGGGGUGGAGCCGGUAUACAUUGCGCAUUUAACGUCGCUGAUGAAAAAUGGGUUCCCUGUGAGGAUCGAGGAACGAAGCGAUAUCGCCGUUAAUUCUAUAUGGUUGAAAAAUACAUAUGGAUUAGAGUGUUAGGCUGCGGUCUUGUGUGUGAUUCAGAAAACCUGGAACCGUGUGAACAUCGAUUGUGCUUCAUCAUUGUCUCUGUCUCAUGUGUCGGUAAUUAAUAAAAAACGUGUUUGAUCGUUU